UAAGAGCACUCAUAUCGUUCUCCUCUACUCUCACGGGAGCAUUCCCUCCUCCUCCCAGCCUCCACUUCCUCCUCUUUGCCCCUUUGCCCUGCUUCCCCUUCGCAUUGUCACCGCCAUGCAUUGAUCCUUGCUCAUCCCGUUCCACUACGCUGAAGCACUCCUUUUUUAUGCCACGUGCAUGAAUUCCGGUGUAUUCAAUGAGAAAUUUGAGUCGAGAAAGAACAAUUUGAGGGAGAGGGUGGACAAGGGGGGGGGGGUGGGGAUUUGGCAGGUGAAAGUGGGUGGGCGCCAGGGGAAGUGCGAAGGGCGGCGGCCCCGAUGGCCGCCACAGCCAUUCUGCCUUCAUUAUCAUCAACAGGGGUGCUGUUGCGCUGCUCCUCAAGCUGCAUCACGAGAGAGACGCGCGUUGCCGCUCUUGACGAACUAGAACCCAAUUCUUGUUUCGGACUGGUGUUGUCGUUUAGAGUACGUGAAAGUAGUAGUGGUGCCAUCGGAUCAUUGGCGCGCUCUAGUCUCGCUGCUUCAUCAUCCUUUUCGCCCUCCUCUUCGUGUAAAUCUCCAUCAUCCUCAUCGUCUUCCAGGUUCGGUGCCAGACGGUCUAGCCGACCCGCGUCCCGGGGUAGGAAAAGUUUUCUUCGAGGUGGCAACCCGUCUCUGUUCAUGAUUCAGAGGCUGGCGUGUGCGUGCAACGGCGACAAGCAACGUCAGAAGACGAUAUGCAGUGCCGUUGACAAGGGCUUGGAAAAUGCUGUCUGUCAGAUGAAUGGCGGUUCUCAUAAUGGAAAUGAGCAACCCCAUGGCAUUUCUACUAAAAGAGUUCUGGAGCGUUGGGACGUGGUUGGGCUCGGCCAAGCUAUGGUCGACUUCUCGGGCACUGUAGAUGAUGAAUUCCUGGAAGGAUUUAAAUUAGUGAAAGGCACUCGGAAGGUAGUGAAUCAUGAGGAAAGAGGGAAAGUGGUGCGCGCUUUAGAUGGUUCCGACUACAAGCUUUCUGCAGGGGGAUCUCUUUCUAACACCCUGGUCGUGUUCGCUAGGUUGGGUAUGGCCAGCAGUCAGAACCCUGCGCUGAAUGUUGCAAUGACUGGCAGUGUGGGCAGCGACCCUUUGGGGGAUUUUUACAGAGCCAAACUGCAGCGGGCAAAUGUAUGUUUCUUGUCUCAGCCUGUCGCAAAUGGCACGACAGGCACAGUCAUUGUGUUGACCUCACCUGAUGCACAGCGUACUAUGCUGUCUUACCAGGGAAUGUCUUCCACUGUGAGUUUCGAUCCGGUACUGGCAGGUGCUAUUGCUAAAUCUAGAGUGUUGAUAGUGGAAGGCUAUUUGUGGGAAAUUAGUCAGACUAUUGAGGCGAUUGCUCAAGCUUGCGAUGCUGCACGCCGGCAAGGUGUAUUAGUAGCAUUGACUGCCAGCGACGUCUCCUGCGUAACCCGACACCGACCACAAUUUUGGAGUGUUAUGCGCCAUAGCUCCGACAUCUUGUUUGCUAAUGCCGAUGAAGCUCGAGCUCUUUGUGCUUCUGGGGAGGAUAUAACACUGGAGCAGGUCACCAAGUACCUUAACCAUUUUUGUCCACUAGUCUCUGUCACUGAUGGAGCUCGUGGUUCAUACAUUGGAUUGAGAGGAGAAGUAGUUUUUAUUCCACCUGCACCCUGUGUCCCUGUAGAUACUUGUGGUGCUGGAGAUGCUUAUGCUGCAGGUGUACUGUAUGGAUUACUUCGAGGAGUCCCUGAACUAAAAGGAAUAGGGUAUUUGGCAGCUCGAGUUGCGGCCAUUGUGGUGGGCCAAUUAGGAACUCGUAUAACAGAGGAAGUUGCUGUUGAAUUUGCUGAAUCUGUGAACAGGCUUUAUGGUCUUCCAGAUUCUCGGAUAAUGGAGCUGAUGGGAAUGAAAGAGAAAGUGCCGGCUGGGAAAACUUCAAAUGUUGUAGAAAUUGGUUACUAAGACGCUGCAUCUAUCAAAGAAGAUGUUGUCGCGACCCACCGUCUUAUGUGAAGUUGGGUGAACUUCCGACCAGCCAAAAUCUGGUACAGAUUAUUAGGAUUUCUGUUCAGCUCUACAUGUAACUAGAAACCAAAGCAUUAGUAUAUUUAACCCUCAGAAAGUUGGUGGAAAUUGCUGCUAAGAUGUAGGCAUUAUGGUCCAAUUCAAUUCAAACUGUGAAUCCAGAGAACAGAAAUAUUGGAGGAUGUGUGAUAGUAUCUGUUGCUUGUAGAUGGUCUCAGGGUUUAUUCGACAAUCCAGCGAGAUGGGUUGAACAUUAUGAUUCUUAAGUCAGACUUGACCGAUUUUGAUCAUUUACUUCCUACAGCCAUUCUUGUCUCUUAAGACAGAUAUUAUAAUGUUACAGCUGCGGACAGUAGUGCACAUUUUUUCA